CACCUCCCCACUUCUCCAAUUGCAACCGUCAACACCAAUUCACCAAGGAAGAGAGAAACAUAAUGACUGACAGGCAAUACGACAUUAUCGUCUACGGCGCAACCGGCUACACCGGCACCCUCGUCGCGCAAUACCUUGCCCGCAACGGCCCCACAAGCCUCUCUUGGGCCAUCGCUGGUCGUAACCACACCAAACUCCAGUCCACGCUGACCUCUCUCAGAUCGCUUUCUGGAUUUGCGGACAGGAAAGAACCAGGGAUCGUGGUUGCUGAUAGCGGAGAUAAAGAGGCGCUGUUGGAAAUGGUGAAGCAAACGAAAGUGGUGAUCAGCACCACGGGUCCAUUUUUGAAGUACGGGACGCUCUUAGUUGAGGCUUGUGCUGAGUCUGGGACGCACUAUGCCGAUAUUACGGGUGAAGUUCCUUGGGUACAGGAUAUGAUCACUAAGUGCCACGACGUCGCGAAGGAAACGGGGGCUAUUGUGGUGCCGCAGGCUGGGUAUGACUCGUUGCCCUUUGAUUUGGGGGUCGAGACGCUCGUUAGGGGAAUGCGUGAGCAGGGGCAGGAUGUAAAGGGAGUCAGGUUCGUGGUUGAUAAGAUCAGGGGUGGGCCUAGUGGUGGGACAUUGGAAACCAUUGCCAAUAUGUUCGAGACUCUCCCGCUCAGAAAGAUCCGUGAGGCGAUGACGCCGUAUGCGCUUUCCCCUGUUCCGCGUACACCGACCGCAACGGCGCCCGAGGUUGUGAUGGAUCCGCAGAGUGGGAAAUAUCUUGCGACUUCGUUUACGGAGAGGAUGAAUGGUGCAAUUGUGGAGAGAUCAUGGGGUCUCCUGAAUUACGGAUCGGAUUUCUCGUAUCGGGAGUAUUUGAAUGUCGGGAAGCGGGUCUACGGGUAUCUCGCGAUUGUGCUACCAAUUUUGGUUAUGUCUAUGUUGGCUACGUCUCCUGGACGCUGGAUGUAUAGGAAGUUGGUCAGGGAGGCUGGGACAGGGCCUACGAAGGAGGAACGCGAAUCUGGAUGUCUUCUGGCGAGGGUUGAGGGGGAGAGUACAGACGGGUCCGUCAAGGCAGGCGUCAAAAUAACUGGAAAGCAAGACCCGGGAUACGGGUUGACGAGUCUCAUGUUGGCUGAGCAUACACCCCGGUCAAUUGUACCCAUCAACAACAAUUACGACGACGACGACGACGACUAUCUCAAUAUGCCAAGAGGAAACGACACCAAAGAGAGGACGCCCAUGAGCGUGCACCUCAUCGCGGGUGGUACCGCUGGUUUCAUGGAGGCUAUGUGCUGCCAUCCCCUCGAUACUAUCAAGGUCCGAAUGCAACUCUCCCGCUCCGGCCAAUCCGGAGAGAAAGCCCGUGGCUUCAUCAAAACCGGUGCCCUCAUCAUCCGAAAAGAAACACCCCUCGGUCUCUACAAAGGUCUCGGUGCCGUUAUCACCGGUAUCGUCCCCAAAAUGGCAAUCCGAUUCUCUUCUUUCGAAUACUACAAGACCGUCCUUGCAUCCAAAGAGACCGGACAAGUCUCUACCACGGGUACCUUCUUCGCUGGUCUGUUUGCUGGUGUGACCGAAGCUGUCGCCGUCGUGACACCAAUGGAAGUCGUCAAGAUUCGAUUGCAGGCGCAAUCGCACUCCCUCUCCGACCCGCUCGACGUGCCCAAGUACCGUAACGCCGCACACGCCGCCUACACCAUCGUAUCCGAAGAAGGUGUCGGAGCCCUGUAUAAGGGAGUCGCCCUCACCGCUCUCCGACAAGCCACGAACCAAGCAGUCAACUUCACAGCCUACCAAGAACUCAAGAAACUCUGCGUAAAAUACCAACCACAAUACGCCGAUACCGAGCUUCCCUCAUACCAGCACCUUCUCCUCGGUCUUGUUUCCGGUGCGAUGGGUCCUUUGUCGAACGCGCCCAUUGAUACUAUCAAGACUCGCAUUCAGCGCGCGAGUAACCCGAGGGGAGAGAGUGGGUGGUCACGAUUCAUGACUGUUGCGAAGGAUUUGGUGAAGCACGAGGGUAUCCAUGCGUUGUACAAGGGUAUCACGCCCAGAAUAAUGCGUGUUGCGCCAGGACAGGCUGUUACGUUCGCUGUGUAUGAGAAGGUUAAGGGAAUGUUGGAUUUGUUCAAGGAGAAGAGUUUGAAGGAGGUGUUGUUUGAGGAGUAA